CUCGUGUAAACACUACAUUUAGAUGAACUUGAGAACUGUACACAAUAUCAGGAGUGCACUAAUAUCAUCUGACAUUUCGUUGAACCCCAACAUAUGGCUUUAAACCAUGGGCUUGCUAUAGCCUAUAUAUGACUUCAAAAUUGACCCAUUUUCAUCGCAGUUAGAACUUACUAUAAAGGCUCACCAUGCCUUUUGAUCAGUCAUUAGCGUAAACGAGAACUACAUUCCACUAUUGCAGUACCACUGUCGUAACCUGAUACAUAUAUAUCACUAUAGUGUGUCGCCCUAAACAAUUCACUGCAGUAAUCAUUAUCUUUGGAAAUCACCGCAUACUGUCACAAUGGCGCGUCGACGUGAUAGCCUAGCAUCAUCGGGCAGCCAGUCAAGUAUAAAAAGCACAGCGUCUAUGGGUCGUAUUUCCACUGCGGCCUCCAACAAGAAAGCAUCGCCUCAUAAGGUCUCAAUGGUAAAAAAGUAUCAGUGCUCAUUCCCUGGCUGUACUUUCGAGCGCAACGGUAAGAAGCAUAACAUCGAGCGGCACGUGUGGCUUCAACACAUCAGAAAAACACUCUCCAAAGCUUUACCGUACUCGGCGCAGAGCCACCGUGACCUCGUUAAAAACUGGAUUGUUCUGGUAACCAACCGUGGUAUCCCUCAAGAAAUAGAUAACGGUGGACUGAAACCCACCCAAAUUUCUCUGUUGAAAACUCAUUCUGAAUCUGGUAUUGGAGAUUGCCAGCACUCAAACGACAGUGGCUUUGAACAAUAUUCACGGGCCGACAGUACCUCGAGCAGCACCGUUAGUACACACGAGCAGCAUCAGGUACAUGCUGUACAUAUGGACGCAUUCAGCGACUGGGAUAGUUGUGAUGAACUCACAACUCCCAGAGCAUCGACGGUCAUAGCUGCUACCGCCGGUGAUAACAAUACAAGAAAGUGGCCAGGAGACAACAGUAAUAUUCACAAAGUUCACGAUGCAAUCUGCGCCAACACAACAAAUGUAGGACAAUCACCCGGGCUCUCUGUACAAUCUGUUAAGGCUGUGCGAAGCAACCGAACAACUGUUCAGGUGCAGGACAGUAUCCCAUGGAGAGAUCGGGAGCCACAUUGGAAGUUUGAUACUCAGCGCGUCGGUGGGUACCAUUAUGAGGAUCCAUGCGGCUAUUUUGCUUCGGAUAACGAGUUUCAGGCCAUCGACGUCAGAAGUAAUUCAUCUUCGGAAUGUCCUACUCUGGGCGGUGCCAAGCACCAACAGCAGCAGCAUCGGCCCUCCUCACGACAUACCCUUACAAGCGCACAUGAUCGAAAGAUCCUAUGGAGACCGUUCGUAGCACUUUGAGAAAGCGUUCGCCAAUGACAAGUGACACAAAUAUACGCCCGACAGUGAAACAAAAGUAAGAGAUCCGAAUAGGACAAAGUAUUAUGGUGCACAAAUACACACGCACACUUCAGGAAAAUAAAGGCUUACAAAUGGA